GGGUUCAUUAAAGGCUCAUGUCCAUGCGGACACUGUUUUUCUGUUACAGGGAUGGAACAAGUCACAUUGAGCGACCGGUUCGACUGCGACAACUGCAAGGAGUCCCUGUACGGACGCAAGUACAUCCAGGCGGACGGGGGAGAGGGGGACAACCCCUACUGCAUCCCCUGUUACGACAGCCUGUUCGCCAACACCUGCGACGAGUGCAAGGAGCUAAUCGGCCAUGACGCCAGGGUAAGACUUUGAUUUUGGAUCCACUAGUGGGUCAUGUUCAUUAGGGCAUGCAAUUCUAGUUGAGUCAUUUCAACACUGCAAACUGUUGUUACAUGGUCAUGACUGGUAGUUAGGGGUCGUAUCUCGUUAAUGAUGUAUUCUGUAUGCUAAAUGAGGCAGUUGUCUUUCAUGGUCUGUAUGUGGCAGUGCAAGGUUUAGGCUAAUUUAACAUGCCAUUACAGAUGGUUUCCAACCAAGCUCAACUAGCCAGCAGACCAUGAGGAAAAUGUCUCCUUAUUCCCCACAAUGAAUGCAGUUUUAAUCUUUCUUUAAUGGAAAACACAAACAUGAAGUUGAUAAUUUGAGACAGGCCUAAGCUGCUACAGGAAGAAGAGGGAGUGGAUGGGGUGGGAUAAGCGAUGAGGCUGCACGCUUGGCUAGCAUACACACUGACACACAAACGCACACACACACAGGAGGCCAAUGAUUUAUCAUCGACACCCUCAAAGGCAGCAAGCGGACAGUAAAUAAAGCCUGUGUUUUUCUUGGACUACACAAACUGUUGCUCGGGAACUCUCACACACACAUACACACACACGAUUGUAUACACUCACACAUUCUCUCUCUCUCUCUCUCUCUCCUCUUUCCCGUCUCUUCUCUUACCUAUCACCUCUCCCCUAUUCCCUCUGUUCAUAACCAGAAACCCCAGUGUUAGCUUGUGUUGUCCAGGUACUUGCAGUGUCAGGAUGACCUGGGAGUCACCAGAGUUGUUUUCAUGACAGAUCCGGAACACUUUUUAAAUUAGAUGUAUAAUGCACUCUUUUCAGAUAAUUUACAAUACUUGACCAUUGAGGUCACAGUGGUUUACUGGUCAUUUGAAACAGGUCACCAAUGCAAUUGUAUCCAAUGUCCAGGCGUAGCCUAUAACUUCUACAUUACACCUUCCAUUACAUUGUGUUGUCUACAUUACACUCCUUUCCAGGAAGUCCUAGGAAAUUGUGUCUAUAAAUAGUUUUGGAUGGAAGAAUAGAAUAGUACUUUAUUGUCAAAUUGCGAAGGUAACCAGUAUUUUGACCUACUCCAAACACGCCAAAAAAGCACAGGGUCAGCAACAGUGCAUCACUCCUGCAGCAGUUUAGGAGUUAAGUGGCUUGCUCAGUGGCACAACGGUAGUGGAUGGUAGCUAUGAUUCUGAUCUCUACUGUUGCCCUUGUUGUAUCUCCAGGAGCUGUUCUACGAGGACCGGCACUACCACGAGCACUGUUUCCGUUGUUUCCGCUGUGACCGCUCGCUGGCGGACGAGCCCUUCACCAGCCAGGAUGAGGCGCUGCUGUGCAACGACUGCUACUGCAACGAGUUCUCAUCCAAGUGUGUGGCCUGCGACAAGACCGGUCAUGCCAGGUACUGGUGGGAGGCAUGGAAACACUAUGCAUGCAACACUGGAGGCUGGUGGAGGGAGAAAUUGCUCAUUGUGAGUGUAAUGAAAUGAAUGGAACUUUUCCAUUCAUUCCUUUCCAGCCAUUACAAUGAGCCCAUCCUCUGAUUUUAAAGUGACACCAGCCUCCACUGACAUGAACACACUCACUCCUAGCAUAUAUAUGGAACAUAGGCUACACAUACUGUACACUACGCGACACCAGACUGUAAUCAUGAUCUCCCCCACGCCCUUGGAAAUUGUUUGUCAUUGCGUCACCCUGGCACUGUUCACCAUUUGUGUACUGAGUGUUUAAGAUGGUCUGAAGAUAUAGGCUACUGAACAUGAAAAGCACAGAGGCUUUGUAGUAAAGCUUGAGAUGUAGAGAAAAAUCAUUGUGACAACAAAACAUUUGCACCUAGCCAGAGAAAAAGCGAUACAGAGAAAGAGGGGGAGUACGAGAGACUAAGAAGAAGAGAGGGGGAGAAAGAGUUAGCGAGUCAGCGCGGCCGGGGCAGAAUGUGACAGUAAUUGCCAGUUUGGCUGACUUGCUGUCUCUGAGCCAAAUCCCCGUGCCUUGGAGAGCGGCCAAGUAUCAGAUGAUAAUGAGAUAAGCCCGUAAACUAUUUCAGCACCACUGUAUCAGCCCAAAUGAAAAGUUGUAAAACAGCAAAUGAUUCCAGGAAGAGUGUGGUGGAGGUGGUGUACCUUUUUUUCUGUGGUUACUUCUCUUUUAGUUUCGGCAGAAAUACCCUUUAAUCUAUUCGGUAUGCGUUGAUGGUGUUGGAUAGCCGAGAACCCUCAUUCAGUAAAGAUGGCAGAUAGCUAACUUUAAAGAUAAAUAUAUCAUGGAAAAUAAUGACAUGUUUAAGUGCCAACCAGAUUGCGUAUAGUGUAAUAUUAUUCAGUCACACUUUAUUUGGAUAGUCCCAUAUAGAUGAUCUACAGAUGGUUAUACCAUCGACAAAGUAUCUUUAGUAUUACAUUUACAUUUACAUCAUUUAGCAGACGCUCUUAUCCAGAGCGACUUACAAACUGGUGCAUUCAACUUAUGAUAGCCAGUGGGACAACCACCUUUUGUUUUUCUUGUUAUGGGGGGGUAAAUGGGUUAGGUUUAGAAUAAGAGUUAGGGUAAAUGUUAGGGUUAGUGGAUAGUUAGUUGAAAUGUUGUUGACAGUUAUUGAACAUCUACUGAACAUCUAAAAACCAUAUACUGUAUUGGGAGUUGGGACUAUCCGAUUAAAGUGUUUUAAUUAUUCUGAUGUUUUGCUGUCACUAGUGGCUUAUUGUCUAUGGUGGUUUUGCACUGUCAAGCUUCACUUGGUAAAGCUCAGGUGUCAUUUUCCUUAGAACUCCAUACCAAACUUAACUCCCCUCAAGAAUACCCCCAAGUCAUUUGAAUGGAAUCCUGGAAUCCUCAGAAGCACUCGGUCACCUAGAUGGAUCUGAUAGAACAAGACCUGGGUUCAUUAUUUUGAGCAUUUGCUUUAGCCUGCCUGGAGUACCAGGUGGGCGGGGUUUGCACAUUUCUGACUUCUCUAUUGGUUCCAUUGCAACAGGCAAGUUCAGUCAAGCACAGCUUGAAGUAUUUGAGAUUGUUUCAAAUCGUUUUUGAACUCCGGUCUGGAUUGAGCUACAAUACUGUCGGUUGCCAGGGAUAUUCAGCCAGGCGGUGAAGUGUUGUACACUCUUGACAGGGCUUUUUCUUUUUGUUCUCACUCAAUUUUCCCUUCAUCAAAAUAUUUCCUCAACAGUGGGACAUGCUAUUGCUAUUAUCGCUGUCAACUGAAAUUCAUCUUCUGACUUGGACCUUCUUUUUUGUUUUUUAUGCUUUUCAAUAUUGUCCUCUACCAAAUAAAUAUCUCCUUCUUUCUCACUUCAUUUUUCUCUCCUAUCUAUCUCUGCCCCCCAUUCCCCCUCUCUGCCCCCCUUCCCCCUCUCUCUCUCACUCUCUCUCUUUCGCUCCCUCUCUUUCGCCCCCUCUCCCUCCACUCCCAGGCACAAGGAAGUUGGAGUAUGGUGGCUCCACAUGGCACGAGGGCUGUUUUAUCUGCCACAGCUGUGAGCAGCCCAUCGGCUCCAAGUCCUUCAUCCCAGACAAGGAUGAACACUACUGCGUGCCCUGCUACGAGGACAAGUUCACCCCGCGCUGCACCCGCUGCAAAAAGGUCAGUGUGGAGCAGUGUGGGAAUUUUCCCCAAAUUCCCUCUUUUUAAUCGGGAGAAUUCUAUCCCAGCUUAUUCCUUAUUUCCUGAUUCUGGGAACCAAAGGGGUUAUGGAGUUGUGUGGCAAAAGCCUUUACAGAGGGUAUCCAUUCUGUAUUAUUAUUUGUUUUAAUCACAAAUCUAUUGAGUCUAUUCCAUUCUAUCAUUUUGACUUGUGGUCUUUGACUAACUAUGAUGACCUUUGACCCUCUCUUCCCUCCAGGCCCUGGCUAAAGGGGGCGUGACAUAUCGGGAUGAGCCGUGGCACAAGGAGUGCUUUGUGUGUACGGGCUGCAAGGUGCAGCUGGCAGGGCAGCACUUCACCUCGCGCGAAGACAGCCCCUACUGCCUCAAGUGUUUCGGCAGCCUAUACUCCAAGAAGUGUGAGGCCUGCAGCAAGCCUAUCACAGGUAGGGUCAAAUGUCAUAGACAGCUAUUAUGAUCCAGUAGCAGGGGACAGUUGAGAAAGGCUGCUAUAGACACCUUGUUUUUUCUGAGGAUGCAGGUUUACUGAGUAAUUGUUGGCCAUGUUCCAGACUUCCUACAUAGCAGUCGCGCACCAAAUCUCACAAAGGAUGGAUAAGUGUUUAACAUGUCAGUAACAGCAUCAAUAUUGCAAUCUGAUGCCCGACUGCAGAUAACAUGGCAUUCAAUCAUUAGUUAUUUUUACUUGUGGAAUGUGGCCAUUGAUUACACAUGUUUAUGUAUGGGAGGAGACCUCAGUGGCUACUUGCUGUUUGUUAAAUAACUAUUUAAAUGUUUAAAAUAACACCUUCCUGUCUUGUCCAGGUUUUGGUGGAGGGAAGUACAUCUCGUUUGAGGAGCGCCAGUGGCACCAGCCCUGCUUCACCUGCACAGAGUGCUCUGUCUCUCUGGUGGGGGCGGGCUUCUUCCCCAAUGGAGACCAGAUCCUGUGUCGCGACUGCAACACCAAUAGCAAUCUAUAAACCCCCCUAACACACACAAACACCGCUUCGCCCCUCUCCUCACACACUCCUGCCUAGGUCAACCCCAGGGCCCCCCCACCACUGCCAAGGUUGUUAACACAGACCCACAGACUGCCUCUCAGGUCAUGCCCACACACACACACACACACCUUGCUCACUAGACCACAGCUCGAUCCCUCAUCCUCCCCCAGUGCUUUCUGCUGCUUGCUGUCAAAUACCAGAGCUAAGCAUCAGGCUACUGAAGCACAAACACAGACAGAAAUCAGCCAGACUAAGGUUGAUCUAACUUGGCAGAAGCACGUUCUCAUUGUUUUCAAAUAUACCUACUUUUCCUUGGUUUAACAGAGGGAAAAGUAUUAUCUUUGGACAGAACUGGACCGUUAUGAACGUUAGCUGAACGAUUAACUGAUUAGUGGUGUCAUUUGAUGGAUUGCCAAUGAUCUACCAACCAAAAUAAUGAUUUACCAAAGAAGUAAUAUCUGCCAUCAAAUAAUUAACUGGUAUGGGUGAAAACCAUGGGUCUGAAUUCACUGAAGAAUUGAAUUCCAGUAUCACUACUCCUAUGUGCUGUAUUUGAGGCUAUAGCAUUUUAAUAUGUGAGGAUAACAUUGACCAACAUGCAAAUUGUCCAUCGAACAUUGUUCGAAAUCAUACUAUUUUGAUGUAGUUGCUAUUGAGAGGGAGAUCCACUCCAAGGCUUUCUUUCUCCACACAAAAUCUUGACUAUGUGGAAAAACUGUUAUGUGCCUUUAAAAAAUGCCAUACAUUAUAUAGUAUGUAUUAUCAAACGAAAGAAAUAUGCUAACAGCUAUGCAAACUAUUUGCUAGAUUUUGUAUGAACGCAUCACCACUAAUCUAUGAAAGCGACACUUUGUAAAGCAGCCACAGGACACUGAUAUUUACUACAUUGUAUAUAUGUUAUGCAAGUAAAGUAUGCUUGAUUGAGUGUUUCAAUGCUGAUAACUGCAGUUUUGUGCAUAUGACUGUUCUCCUGUGUCAAUUGUGUUUCAAAGCAGUAUUUGCUGUCAUACUUUAGUUGUUACUUACCCUGUAACCGUAUUAUGAUUAUUUGAAGAUAAUAAUAUGAGAGAAAAAUAUGUUGCAGUGGUUCGUUAAUGCAGCUGUCAAACACUGCUCCAGACAGUUAUUGUCUUUAUUGUAUACCAAAGAAUAGGUCCAAGAGAUGGAGAAAAAUAUAGAAAUUAAGAGAACGUGAAAAGAAAGAUAGCUUGGUGUGCUGGAGAAAACCAAUGAAGCCAGUUAAGACGUAAGCAAAAUGUUGUCAUGUAUUUGCACUAUGGCUAAAAUAUUCCCCUUGCUCCCAUAAUCUGUGCACAUACAAACGCAACUCGAGCGUUUAGAUAUGGUGCAACCCCUAAACCACUCUUUGCCCUUUAACAACUAUUGUUGAUUUUUUUCCAUGUUGACACUUAUCUAUGUUGUUUUUCAUCAAGCGUAUUUCCUUUUUUCGCCUUUGUAUUUAAUCUUUCUGUUACUAUCGCUCUUGUUUGAUAAUGAAUGGGCUAGUCCCAAAGAAGCUAAGCUGCAUUUCAUCAACUAAGUGGUAUGCAUGUCUUUGUCAUUACCAGACAUGGGUUCAAAUACUAUUUUAAAUAAUUUCAAAUACUUUAGUAGGCUUGAUUGAGCUUGCCUGGCACA